UUCAUCCACAUAACCAGGGCCCUUUAAUUCUCAUAAAUACAUAUUUGAAUUGUAUGUUAUGACAGUCAUCUGAGCUGAAUAUACUGGAUCUGUUUUACUUCUGUGAGCAUCAAUCGUUAUUACAGGACUAAAAUCAAAUUAGCAUCUUUAUCGUAAGAUUAUUAAGUACAGGUGCUACAAAAUGAAGUUCAGAGUUUUGUCUACCAUUUUUCUCCUCACAUUUGCGAAUGGAACAUGGGAAAGUGAUCAUUUUAUUCUCCAGGAUCCUUUGCUAGUUGCUGAACUUGGAAGCAGUGUGAUUAUACCCUGCUCUCACUCAGACGACUUUAUAAAUACUGUUUCAUGGUAUAAACAUUCUGUUGGAAAGAAACCACUUCUCGUAGCAUAUUCAGAACAUGGCUCUGGAAGUGUUACAUAUCAAAAUGGCUUUAACAAGAGAGAUCGAUACUUUAUCAGUACUGGAACUGGCUCUUUUAAUUUAACCAUCAUGCAUUUGGAAGAAUAUGAUUUUGCAACCUACUAUUGUGCUGUGGGUUUCUUGAACGUUAUUAAAUUUGGAGAGGGGACGGUUCUUCUACAUAAAGAGAGUGAUGGAAUGAGAAGGACCACGGUUCUCCAGCAGCCAGUAUCCGACAGACUUCAUCCAGGAGAUUCAGUGACCCUGCAGUGUUCGGUCAUCAGUCAGAUCUGUGCAGGAGAAUACAGCGUCUACUGGUUCAGACAUUCAUCAGGACAUUCUGAUCCAGGAAUCAUUUACACCCAUUAUAACAGGAGUGAUCAAUGCAUGGAGAGAUCAGAGAACGGCUCUCCUACGCAGAGCUGUGUCUACAGUCUCUCUCAGACUGAACUCACAACAUCUGAUGCUGGAAUUUAUUACUGUGCUGUUGCCACAUGUGGGCAGAUACACUUGGGAAAUGGAACUAAGUUGAAUAUUGAAGCAUCUUUUACUUUGACUUCUUGGAAUCCAGCUGUUAUAACCCUCUUCACAAUAAGCAUAAUAUCCAUUAUUGUGAACAUAUUUCUGGUGAGACUGAUUCACAAGAAUCACAAAAAAGAAGCUUCAAAACAACCCAGAAAUCAAAGGAAUCAGGAAACAGAUGCCUUAAAUUAUAUAGCCCUGAGUUUUCCCAAAAAGCUUACAACCUCAAAAAGAUCUUCAGGGAAAACCAGUCAAGAAGAAACUGUUUAUUCACAGAUCACAACGCAAUAGUUCAGAUAACUAAUGCUAAUGCUAUCGUUUGUUGUAGUUAACAUAGUUUUUGUAGUAGAUGUUAAUUUCACCAAUCUGGACAUAAUAGAAUAGAAUAGAAUAGAAUAGAAUAGAAUAGAAUAGAAUAGAAUAGAAUAGAACUUUAUUUUGAUUGAGUAACUGUACAACAAAAUGUAGUGCUUCUCCUCAGAGGUACAUCUGAUUUUUAUUUUUAUUUUUAAUCUAUGAAUAUGAACAGGAUAAAUAUAAUAAAAAUACUUUCCACAACUUCUGCACCUUCCUUCCAGUCCAUCAUGUGGGGAAAAACUGUUGUGUUGAUAGAUUGUUCACCUUAAAGAUGAAAGGGAACAUCAUCCGGUUGAUUACCAACAAUUGCUGCACCAGCUGUGUGUUGAAUACAUGAGAUCGUAAAACUGCCAACAGUUCCAAAACACAUGCUUGCUUGCUUUAUUGCUUCAUUAUUUAUUUAUUUAUUUAUUUAUUUAUAUUUUUAUUUAUAUUUUUGAGCUAGAAUUAGCUAAACAGAUUUAGCCCAUAACCAGUCACAAUUUUUCCAAAUUAAAAUUAUUUAUGCAAAUGUCAUUGAUACAGCAGUAUGAUAAUCACAAUGACACAAUGAAUUAUUCCAAUA